UGAUAAUUCGCCUCGUUUGGGCUUUCAAAAGUUAGCCCAUUCUACUUGAAUAUACCUUUUACAUGCUUGAAAAACCCUGAAGGGAGUGCCAUAGGCUUAAUUUUUCUUGCGCCGUCAGUAUCCCUCCCAGCCAAAGGUAAGCCAUGGUUAAACAUAACAAUGUUGUGCCAAAUGGCCAUUUCAAGAAGCAUUGGCAGAACUAUGUGAAAACUUGGUUCAAUCAGCCUGCAAGGAAGGCUAGAAGAAGAAUUGCAAGGCAAAAGAAGGCCGUGAGGAUCUUCCCAAGGCCAACUGCUGGACCUCUACGCCCUAUUGUCCAUGGACAGACUUUGAAGUAUAACAUGAAGUUGAGAGCUGGCAAGGGUUUCACCCUUGAAGAGCUUAAAGCUGCGGGUAUUUCAAAAAAACUUGCACCCACCAUCGGUAUCUCAGUUGAUCACCGUCGUAAGAACCGAUCUCUUGAAGGUCUUCAAGCCAAUGUUCAGAGGCUUAAGACUUACAAGGCCAAACUUGUUGUCUUCCCUAGACGUGCUCGCAAGUCUAAGGCCGGUGAUUCUACUGCUGAGGAGCUUGCAACUGCAACCCAAAUGCAAGGACCAUACAUGCCUAUUUAUCGUGAGAAGCCUUCUGUUGAGCUGGUGAAGGUCACCGAGGAGAUGAAGUCAUUCAAGGCCUACAACAAGCUUCGUGUCGAACGUACGAAUGCACGACAUAUCGGUGCCAGAUUGAAGAAGGCUGCUGAGGCUGAGAAAGAAGAUAAGAAGUAAGGUAGUUUCUUCAAGGGCUAUGAUCUGCUGUUUUGACUUGGUUAAAAGCAUUAGUUCAUUCUGUUUUUCAUAUCAUCAGACAGUUUUAGAACAGCAUUUAGAAAACUUUGGUAUAAAAUUUGUAAGCUUGAUUUCGAGUAUUUAAUCGAUGACAUGAGAUGAGACGAGAUCUGCCAUUUCUCAA